AUGGCGGCUUCCAUGGUUUGUUCUGAAGAGGCCGAUCCCACCGUGUGUGCCCACCUGACGCCCCUUUGGCACACUUAUUCCAGCCUUCGAGCAGAUGUAGUACGACGGCUUUAUUGUCAAGCUAACCAUUGCCUCAACCAACCACCCACUGGAUUGGAUCGAGGCAGCAGAGAGUGGCUCGAUGGACUGUACGCCGAAUCGGCCAACAAAAGACCAGCACAGAGAGGACUAGCCAAGCGGAGCUACUGCAACAUUAUUGGCUGCAUGUCAGACUUGCCUACAUAA